UAGCUCAUGUUAAAUUGCGAUAUAUUGAAAAUGCAUGAAGGUGCAAUUUCAUAGAGCGAAAAACAAACCUCUAAAAUUUUCGGAAAGUAAAUGUACAAAUAUAAUAAAAUUAAUUGAACCUAUUCCGUUAUUAAACGGAACGUUUAAACUAUUUAACAUUGCUAUACAUUAUUUGCAUUAUUUAAUUUAAAGAAGAAACACAAUUUUUCCAGACUCAAAAAAUUGGGAUAUAAAGUGAAUUAUGGUCUUUCACAGUCGACGAAGAGUCCAUAGUGGACACUUAGUAAUUAAAUGUUUCUUACAAUUUUCAAAAACAAUUAUUUUUGUUGUUGUGAUAAUACUAGUUUUAUUUUGCAGAAAAUCGGACGAAUGGCCUGUUCCUUGUGCAAUAAUUAUGUAAUGGGUAGUUCAUUAUAUGUGAUUGUUCUGGGCCUCAUUGGGACCGUUAGUCUAUCGGUGCUGUUUACUAUUAAUAAAAAAUUUCGUCAGGUAGUCACGGCUUUUGACAUAAUACGCACAAUAAAUUAUAAAAUUCCUAGGAUAUUAUCACGCCAUAGGAAUAAUCAAGAAGUGCCCUUUACUGUCGAGAGAGAUUUGAAGUUAAUGACGUCGAUCCUGGGAAUCGAGCAUUAUACUUUAAUUAUGUUAGGCGCGAUCACAGAAUACCCUAUGCUACAUACACCAUGGUUGCUCAUGCAACUCUGUGUCAUUAUUGUGGAGAUCAUUGUUUUCUUCGUGAGAUUCUUCCUAGAUGGUUUGCAUGUCAAACGCAAUGAAAUAUUGCAAGCAAUAUUUACCUUAUACAAUUGGUUACAAGUCUUCUGUCUUUUUCAUCAUCAAACACGACAAGUCAUUUAGAAAUGUUCAGAAAUGUUUUUAAUAUUACAUUAUACAUUUAUAUUGUUUUAAUAUUAUAUGCUAUGAAUUA